GAAUGAAUCGAUGAGCUGGGGCAUGGAGACGGGCCAAGACUGCACCAUCACGACGAUGGCCAAGGCAGAAUGCCUGCAAAUCGAGAAGCCGAAGCGCAUGCGAGAUGCUUCAAACCGACGCCGGGGCGGCUACAAGUACCAGAAGCAGUUGCAGAACAGGAUGCGUGAGCAGGAAAGGAUUGAGACACAAGACCAGAUCAGCCAGGCUCUGAACAUCAUGGGGAGCCUG